UCAGCACAGAGGUGUGUAUUCCAAGCAGUGCUCAGAGACGGAUGUUUGCUAAGGGCUUAGGGUCCCUCUGGUGUGUGACCACUGAUUGGAUGGGACAGUUGCAUAAAGAACCCCACAGUAAGACCAGUCUCCAUCGUCCGAGAGAGCCCUGAGGCAGUUCCUGUUCAGAAGAAAGCCAGACUCCAGCAGCAACAUGUCUCAGCUGGAAAAUGCGAUGGGCAUGACCAUUGCUGUCUUUGACAAGUAUGCAAAGACUGACGGCAACAGGCAAACCCUCACCAAAGAAGAACUAAAGACCCUCCUGCAAAAAGAGCUCCCAAACUUCCUCUCGUCAGGGAAGGACAAGGAUGCUAUCGAUAAAGUCUUCAAGAACCUGGAUGCAAAUGGCGAUUCCCAAGUGGACUUCAAAGAAUUUGUCAUCUUUGUGGCAUCUCUGACUUGCUGCUGUCACAAAUAUUUUGAGCAGAAAGCAGCCAAAUAAUUGUCAAACUGCACACAGAAGCCAUCUUGGCCUGUGCUCCAUAUGCUAGUGGUAUGGAUCCCUUCACUUUGUCUGUGUACUGCCAUGCAGUUUACAAGCAUGCUGGGCUGUAAAAAUAAAUCCUACUGUGCUUAA